AUGAACGAAUGGUUCUAUGCAGUCCUGCAGAAAAUCAUCAAGACAACCAAGGGCAAGGUGAUAGUCAAGGAACAUUUUCAUGAUUGUGACUGCUUUCAUAUUCUACAUGCAUUGAUCCAGGAUGCCCACACCUCUGUAGAAGGUACACUGGAGUCUGUGGAGACCCUCAACUGGCUCACCAGGGUCAAAUACUCCACAACCAAGGGUUCUGCAGUGGAGUUCAUCAUCCACCAUGAUGAAGUUCUCACACGAUACAAUGACUCCAAGACCAACGCGCAGGAUAAACUCAGUGAUAGUAUCCAAAAACUGUUCCUACAGCAGGCGUUCAUCGACAUCAAGGUUCUCAAUGACAUCAGCGCCAGGGAACAGGAGAACAUGUGCAGUAACGGUGCCCACAUGUCCUACUCAUAUGAGAAAUACAAGGAGGUCCUGACCAACGCUGCUACCAGGUUUGAUGUCAACCACAAGCUUCUACCCCCUGGUAGAUCCCGCAGAGCCAACAUGGCUAUGAUCGAUGAGUCUGAGGGUGAAGUCGGACAACCUGAUGGCAUGGAUAGUCCAACGGAUGACCACACUCAUCUCCAAGCAUUUGCGGCCAUGAGGGACCCCUCUGUCCGGCUCCCCGACCAACAUUGGACCCAACUUUUUAAUACGGGCAAGAAGAAUUGGCACCAAUUUGAUGAUCACGACAAGAAGGUACUGAUGGCAUCCCAGCCGCCAGCACCCGCCGGUCGCCAAGCCAAUGUUGCCAACAGCACGAUGGACCCCCACAGUGAAGCUGACCUUGCAGUCGGGGACACACCAGGACCAUCAUUGGAUGUAAAUCAGGCAGAUACAACACCUUCCGUUGGCAAACCUGCGGCUUCCCCAUCACAUUUGGCACCCAGGCAAAGGCAAAUGACAAAACCCUGGGGAUGUCCGUCGAAUAUGUCAACAACACAGGCAAACGGCAGGGUUACACCGUCUCGUUCACCCUGA